UCCUUGCCAUCUCUGUCUGCGUGUCGUUGACCUACCUCCGGGGUGCACGCUACUCAAGCCCCAGCCGGGCCUUGUUGACUUCGACAGGACCCAAUUGCGCAACACGACGUAAUGCAUAUUGCAGAGCCCGUAGGAAUUUCAAGUUGCUCAGCCUUUUGGCCAGCUGGCGCUCACGGGUCCUCGGCCCUUGGGACCGCCUCCAUCGUUGAGCAUCAGUGGCCCUGUGCUGCACGUCUUCCUAGUACAUCGUGGUGUUUAUAUAUCCAGUGCGGGGCAACCCGCGUCAAUCCGGCUCACACCACACCAUUGUUGUUGGAGCCGCCACGCAGCCACUCGCGGUCCAGCCUACAUAAACCUCGGCAUCCGCACGUUGAGACUGCCCUUUGAUCCUUGAUCUCAAUUGAACAUCUCGAUCACGUCAUCUUUUACAUCUCGCGUAUCAUGUCUUCGGAAUCAUUUACUCUUUCUGCCCCUCCUGACACCGAUGUCUGGAAGAAGCCCCCUUCCCAUAACGUCUACAACGCUCCCAUCAAGGCCGUUCCAGCCAAGCCGCUGAGCCAAUUCAAAUCCGCUAAGAUCACCUUCUCUGCGGACUGGUCAGAGCAGUACGACCAAGCCGGCCUCAUCCUCACAUUCGACUCCCUCUCUGGCCGCGAGCGGCGGUGGAUCAAGACCGGUCUGGAGUUCUACAAUGGAACCCCGCAGAUCAGCACCGUAGCCUGUGACCGCUGGGCCGACUGGAGCAUUGCCCCGCUCGCCGGCUUCGAGGACACCAAGUCCAUCACCGUCCUUGUCGAGAAGGGCCGCGACGGGCUCGGCUUGGGUCUCUGGGUGUACUACGUGAAGCAGGAUGGCACUAAGGAGCCGUUGCGUGAGAUUUGUUGGGUGUACGGAGACGAUGAUGCGUCUGGCAAGGACUGGAACUUGACCGUUGGCGCCCUGGUUGCCCGGCCGGCAAAAGAUGCAAAGGGCGACCUCGAGGUUCAUUUCAAGGACUUUGACGUGCAGUGGGAGUAGUAUAAAGUAGAGAGUUGGUUUGAUCUCUUGUUAGCAUCCGCAGCAAAGCCACAGGAGUGCUAUUUAGACACCGCCCCCCCCCC